AAAAAAGGCUAGAGCAGAAUAAUAAUAAAAUAAAAUAAAAUAAAAUUGAGUGUAGUUAGUUAGCAUCAAGCAAGAAAAAGAAAAAGGAAAUAAAAAUGUCUGUGACAUCUUCAAUCCCAUGCAUCAAAAUCCAAACAUGUUCCUCUUCAACAUCUUGUACUUCUUCAUCAACUUCAUCCUAUUAUUCUUUUAGGUUCUGUUCUUCCAAGUCUCAUAGUGUGAUCACUAUAAGGAAUUCUCAGGCUGAAGGGCCUUUGAGAAGACCAGUGGCACCCCAACUUAGAGAACCAUCUUCUAGUGUCCCUCAGCCAUUGAAGCCAACACCACCUUCUCAGCCUCCACCAUCCCCUAGUGUGGUGCCUCCUCCUCCACAGAAGCCACCUGCUAUUGUUGGGGAUGAUAAGAAUGCUAUUGUUACAUUAGAAUUUCAAAGGCAAAAGGCUAAGGAGUUGCAGGAAUACUUUAAACAGAAGAAGCUUGAAGAAGCAGAUCAGGGUCCUUUCUUUGGUUUCAUUGGGAAAAAUGAGAUUGGCAAUGGAAGAUGGGCAAUGUUUGGUUUUGCUGUAGGGUUGCUAACAGAGUAUGCAACAGGCUCGGACUUUGUUGAUCAAGUGAAGAUUCUUCUCUCGAAUUUUGGGAUAAUAGAUUUGGAAUGAGUACCUCAAUAUAAAAUAAGGUCAACGGUUUCUUGUUCCAAUCCUUGGUGUAAACAAUGUUGAGUAACUUGUUUCAUCUUUAUUUAUAGCAAACAAGCUUUCUUUUCACAUUGAUGAAAUUACAAGAAUGUGAUUUCCAUUUCCAUUUCCGUUAUAGU